UCUCCUCACAUCGGAAAUUCCAAUUCCCUCCCACGUCUCCACCAGGUGUCACAGUCGCGCUCUCGCCGGCUCCUCUCCCCGCCCCUCCGGGAUGGUAGUGCGGAAGCGGAAGAGGCUGCAGGGCCGGGAAGCCUCUGUUUGGUCCGGCCAGGUCCCGGGGUCCGGGCCGCCAGCCGCGAUGCCAAGUCCCCGGAGGAGCGUCGAGGGACGGCCGCUGGGCGUCUCCGCUUCAAGCAGCAGCAGCAGCCCCGGCAGCCCAGCCCAUGGCGGCGGUGGCGGCGGCAGCAGGUUUGAGUUCCAGUCCCUGCUCAGCAGCCGCGCUACGGGCGUGGACCCCACCUGCGCCCGGCUCCGUGCGUCGGAGAGCCCAGUGCACCGCCGCGGCUCCUUCCCCCUGGCCGCGGCGGGCCCCUCGCAGUCGCCCGCGCCUCCGCUGACCGAGGAGGACCGCAUGGACUUGAACCCGUCCUUCCUGGGCAUCGCCCUGCGCUCCCUGCUGGCCAUCGACCUGUGGCUGUCCAAGAAGCUGGGGGUGUGCGCGGGAGAGAGCUCGUCGUGGGGCAGCGUGCGACCCCUUAUGAAGCUGCUGGAGAUCUCGGGACACGGCAUCCCCUGGCUGCUGGGCACCCUCUACUGCCUGUGCAGGAGCGACAGCUGGGCCGGGCGCGAGGUGCUGAUGAACCUGCUCUUCGCCCUGCUGUUGGACCUGCUGCUGGUGGCCUUGAUCAAAGGGCUGGUCCGCAGGCGCCGCCCGGCCCACAACCAGAUGGACAUGUUUGUCACUCUCUCGGUGGACAAGUACUCCUUCCCCUCGGGCCAUGCCACAAGGGCCGCCCUGAUGUCGAGGUUCAUCCUGAACCACCUGGUGCUGGCCAUUCCACUGAGGGUGCUGGUGGUUCUGUGGGCCUUCGUCUUGGGCCUCUCCAGGGUUAUGCUGGGGCGGCACAAUGUCACCGACGUGGCUUUUGGCUUUUUUCUGGGCUACAUGCAGUACAGCAUCGUGGACUAUUGCUGGCUCUCACCCCAUAAUGCUCCGGUCCUCUUUUUACUGUGGAGUCAACGAUGACACCAUCUCAUUGAUUAUGGCACCAGGAAGUCUGAAGGUUUCCACAUUCGAUGAUGCCAACCUAAACCAGCAGCCAUCCCGCUUGUCCCUCUUGGGCAUUUCAGGCUUCCUUUGGGAUUUCAGGUGUGCUAUCAUCUUGAUGUGCUGCUAGGCUGGAGCACACGCUGGCCAUUACUGAACACAGCCAUUUUAGGGAAAGCAAAAAAACCCCAAAAAUCCUCUAUUGUAUAUUUAUUCAACAACUGUUUAUGUCUCCAGGACAACUGCAAAGAAAACAAGCUGAGGUGGUUUAUACCGUUGCUGUUAGAAGUUGGUAUCAGUAAGAUUUGUGUUUUGUGGUAAUCCCUAAAUCAACAUAUCACUUGUAAACUGAACUUUGAGAAAGAAACAUGAUGUUCAUUCUGUAAAUAUACAUGCAGAUAGGCCAUGUACUAAUCCUAGUCCUUUCCCUGAGGUAGAUUUUAAACAGUAUUUUUAAAGUCCAAGACAUAGGUUUUUCUAGUUUAUUCCCUGAAGAUCUGUUGCCACAGUUGGGAGAUUUCUUCUUAAUCCUGAUUUUCUUGGUAAGCUUUUUUACUUUAUUAUCUCUUUAAUUUAUUAUCUCUAUCCAUAUUUCUGGAUCGGGUAGUGGGAAAAGAGAUUAUAAUACUUGUCUUUCUCUCCUCUCCCUCCAUCCCUCAAAAGAUCUGUAUGUAUUUCCCACUACUCCCUAACUGUCUUUUAGCAUUCAGAGAAAAAGCCAAGAACUUGCUUAAAGAGGAAUCACUUAAAAGGUAGGCAUAUCUAAGAUGCUCAUAGAAAAGGAAGAAUGGGACAUGGCCCCAUGCUUGUUUCUGUUUACAACCUACCAUGGCAUGAGAGAGGGCAGAGAAACUAAGUUGCUGGGGAAAGUCAGAGGAACUGAAAGUUUAGGAAUAGGCUGACCACAUAUUAUGCCAGUGACCAGUAUGACAGGAGAUGGGGCCCUGCUGCCAGUCAUCUCCACUGAAUAAAGAAUAAUGCUCCUCUAUCAGGGUAAUAAAAUGGGGAAAAAGAACGUCUUCUCUAUGCAAGAAUGUAAGCUUUCUCGUGUAUACCUGUAUGCUACAGUUUUUCACAUGGAAUUCCGUUUUCUGAGGUACAGCACAUUUUAGGUAACAGUAUUUAACUUGAAAUUCAUCAUGGGAGUCUGCUGCUAUACCAGGCACAAGAUAAAACUCCAAAAUUUCUGUUUACAUUGACCUUUACAUUUAAAGCUGUUCAUCCAUGGUGCCUCCCCAAAUCAUAAGACCAAAGACCACCAAACGCAGGGUGGACUCUGCUCAUUAUUCUUUGACCCAGAAAGACUGGAGAAGGUAUGUGCUUUAAGUGCUGCUAUACCUGAAAAGAAAUCCUUUAAAUUACCUAUGGAAGUGAUGUCCUCAGAUAAUCUGAAUGACUAUUUUGGCAUUUAUAAAUAUAAAUUAUUAUGGACUUUGAUCUGCCAUACUGAGGUUCGGAACCUGGAGAAUGGCUGUGAUAAGUAGGUUUUAACUGAGUGAAAGCAUGAGCUUGUUCAGAGUGAGGGGCACACUGAAAAAGGAACAGCCAUGCCUCAAAAUCAAAUCAUUUGCAUUCCCACAACAUCCUGAACACCGACUACCUCUUCACUUGCUAAAGCAGCUAAACUGUGAAGCUCUAAGUGGUUUGGGUUUGUUGUUUAACCUUAGCGAGAUCCUUUGUUUUAACUGCAGCAAUAUUCAAGCCAGAUAUUUGGAAGCAAAUGAUAUUUCCUCUUGCAGUGUCCACAAAUCUGAAUAUUAGGGGCAUGAAAUUAGGCUUACCAUCUGGUUCGUAAUUACAAUUUUGGAAUUCCCUGUUUUAGUUGCUGGGGCCUGAGUUUUCUAAAGCAUAGAUCAUUUCACCUGAUGUUUUUGAAGCAUCCUAAGUACAGUAGAGUAGAAAACUGAUUUCUUUGUUAAUUGUACACUGAAGAAUGCCUUUUAAAAAUCAAAAUAAAAUUAACCAAUAAUGGUGAA